CAUAGACACAGCAAGACAUUUAGCAGAACAAAAAACUUUACACACAUUACAGCGAACCCACCAAAGAAAAACUGAGAGGAUUCCUUCUUCAAUGGUGGAAGAAGAAAGCUCCUCCAUGAUGCCAAAGCUCAUCACUUUCCUCUCUUCUGUGCUUCAAAGAGUGGCCGAGUCGAACGACGAUCUCGUGGACGAUGACUCGGCCAUCGAAACGCAGAAGAACUCGGCGUUCCAUGGCUUGACUCGCCCAUCUAUCUCUCUUCAUACCUACCUUGAAAGGAUCUUCAAGUAUGCCAAUUGUAGCAACUCUUGCUUCAUUGUUGCUUAUGUUUAUCUUGACCGCUUUGCUCAAAGGCAGCCAUUGUUGCCUAUCAACUCCUUUAAUGUUCAUCGUUUGCUCAUUACAAGUGUUCUUGUUGCUGCCAAGUUCAUGGAUGAUCUGUGUUACAACAAUGGUUUCUAUGCAAGAGUUGGAGGGAUCAGCACAAGAGAAAUAAACUUUCUUGAAGUGGAUUUCCUCUUUGGAUUAGGGUUUCACUUGAAUGUGACACCCAACACAUUCCACACCUAUUGCUCUUGUUUACACAAAGAGAUGCUUCAACUAAAACCUCCUCUUAGUAACUCUCUAUUAACUUCUUCAGAAACAUCACUAAAUAAAGCUUCCCAUUUGAGCUUUGAAGAAGAUGAAGCUUCCCAUCAUCAAAACCAACACCAAGUAGCUGCUUAAACAAAUAAACCCACUAAUUAUUUUCAAGUUUUAGCUUAAAAAUAUCCCAUCAAAUUCAUUUGGGUCUUCCCCAAAUUACAUUUCCUCAAACUUUUAGUAUCGUUUCCUUAGUGGGUAUUGUAAAACUCGAUGAUCGAGAUUAUAAUGUACAGAUAUUGAAAUCCAGGAAGAAGUUCGAUUCGCUUUUC